CAGGAGCUGUAAGACAUGGCGAGUUUGGUUGCGGUUUGCAGGGACGGGGAAGAGGACUUCCCUUUCCUCGCACGACAGAUUCCCCUGUACAUCGAUGACACUCUCACAAUGGUGAUGGAGUUUACUGACAAUGUCAUGAACCUUGACAGUCACCAGAUCAACAGCUCUGAGAUGAAGCAGUUUGUUGAGCAUCACAGCAUGCUGAAGCAGCAGGACCUGAACAACGCCAUGAUUGUGUCGUCCAGGGAGAUGUUCAGCGCCCUGUCCCAGCUGGUGCCGUGUGUGGGCUGCAGGCGGAGUGUGGAGCGCCUCUUUUCCCAGCUGGUGGAGUCUGGGAACCCGGCUCUGGAGCCCCUCACUGUGAAGUCCAUCGGCGUGCUCUCUGUCACCAAGGCCUGCGUGGUCAACGCAAAGAAGCUCUACACCCUCUUCUACGUCCAUGGGUCAAAGUUGAAUGACAUGAUCGAUGCCAUUCCAAAAAGCAAAAAGAAUAAACGCUGCCAGUUGCACUCCUUAGACACACACAAACCUAAGCCACUGGGGGGAAGCUGGCUGGAGGUGUGGGAGCUCAUGUCUCAGGAGUGCAGGGAUGAGGUUGUUCUGAUUGACAGUGCCUGCCUCCUGGAAACCCUGGAAACAUACUUGCGCAAACACAGGUUCUGUACUGACUGCAAGAACAAGGUAUUGAGAGCGUACAACAUCCUGGUAGGGGAGCUGGACUGCACUAAAGAGAAGAGCUACUGCGCUGCCUUGUACGAGGGUAUCCGCUGCUGCCCCCACGAGCGCCAUGUCCAUGUCUGCUGCGAGACAGACUUCAUCGCACACCUCCUGGGCCGGGCCGAGCCCGAGUUCACCGGAGGUUAUGAACGUAGAGAACGGCACGCUAAGACCAUUGACAUUGCUCAAGAGGAAGUGCUGACCUGCCUGGGCAUCCACCUGUACGAGCGGCUGCACAGAAUCUGGCUGAAGCUGAGGGCAGAGGAGCAAACCUGGCAGAUGCUCUUCUACCUUGGCAUUGGCGCUCUACGCAAAAGCUUUGAGAUGGCGGUGGAGAAGGUGCAAGGCAUCAGUCGUCUGGAGCAGCUGUGUGAAGAGCUGUCGGAGGAGGAGAGGGCCAAGGAGCUGAAGCAGGAGAAGAAGAGGCAGAAGAAGAAGAACAGACGAAAAAACAAGUGCGGCUUCAACAUGUCCGACUGCAAAGAGCAGAGCCUGGAUGAGGCUUCAUUAGAGUCUGUGGAGAGAAGAGGCUGCAAGGCCUGUGGAAGCCCAGAGGUGGAGGGUCAUGUCGGCUGUGUGGAGGUGGUCGUCACCAGCAACGAGAGCACUAUGUCCUGCAGCUGCCCAGACGGCACCGUUCCUAAAGUCAAGAAAGGUUUGUCACCCCACAGCAAUGGGAGUGACUGUGGCUACUCUUCUAGCAUGGAAGGCAGCGAGACUGGCUCACGGGAGGGCUCUGACGUCGCCUGCACUGAGGGAAUCUGCAACCAUGAGGAAGCAGGAGACUACUUGUGUGGUCACCAUCAUAAUCACUGUGAUGAAGACGAGGUGGACUGGGUAUACAGCUGUGUGGAGUGCUGGGCUAACUCUGAAGAAAACACUAAGGGCAAGAAAAAUAAUAAGAAAAGAAAGAGCAAGGGCUUGUUAUGUAACGAUCAGGGUCGAAAAACAGAGGGUUGUGUGAUGGAAGGGUACAGGAGAGGGCAAAACACUUCUACAACGUCACGUGUGUGCAGAACCAAAGAGAUGUGUGCCAAGUUGUGCUGUGACACCUUUUCUAGCAUUGCACUGCAGUUACCAUGGGCAGAACAUCAAAAGAACAUGAGUCAUUAUCUGGAGGCAAACGUGUGUGGUCAGGGGAACACCAGAGCCAACAGUCUCAUGGAACUACUGACCGACUCUGAAGUGACUUCAGACGAAGAGAACUGCCUCACGCAGGACGAGAUCCAGUUGUUUGUGGAUAGCAACAAGUCCUUCUACAACAACCGCGACCAGUACAGACAGCACCUGAAGGAUAAAUUUACGAAGUACUGCCGCGGCGGUGGAGAGUGGUUCGCUGCUGCCACCACCAGCGUCAAUUAAUGAAUUCCCUGCUGUUGCACUACUCUACUGUUGUGAAAUCUUUUUAACACUCAUGAUUAUUAGCACUGCUCUGUGCGUACCGCCUUUUAAAAAAAAUUGGAAAAAAUCGAAGUACAUUUUGGUCUGGUGUUUAUUUUAUUUUCCCCCACUCUGUGGUUGAAGUAAAUGUGAUUCUUAAUUCCCUCCAUUUGUUUAUCUUUUCUCCAUCUAUCUCUCUCCCUACUUUUCACCUAUCUUGUCACCUCUCCCCGUUCACCUUGUCGCCCCAUCUGUUCUCCCUCUCAGCCUGACCAAACAUAGCUGUUUCUUUCUGGUCUCAUUUUGUAGGGCUGAUGGAUUAAAAAAAAUUUUUUUUUGUAGCACAGUAGAUCUGAUAAUCAAGCUUGCAAGCUGUGACAUUAGGAUUUAGAUGUUGGUCGUCAGUCCUAUGUCGUUUUUUCCCCCGCAUAUUCCAUUUUGUGUGUCUUACUCUGUGACACUUAAUUUUAGUGGAAUAAGUUGCACCAAUAAAUGUGUACAUACAUGAAAUGAUCUGAAUAUAAAGAUUUUACAGUAAGACAAUGUGUAAUAUUUACUAAAUAAAAAAAUAUUUAUUGA